AGAAGGACCAGGUAUGUUGGCGCAAUAUACGUGUUGCAAUAGACCUGUUGGCGCAUUAAACGUGUCCGAUACCUUAGUUUUAGCGAAUAACAAGUCAAAAAUAGGUUUUGUGAGCUAAUUAUUAAAUGUCACCUUUUUAUUUGGUCUAAUUAACACAUUAAUCUUAACUGGUAUAUAAUUAUUUAAACUAAAUUAAUAUUUAGUUUUUUAAUAUGAUUUGAUAUUUAAUUAAAAAAGUCGUUUGGCAGAAAAUGCAGUUAUAAUUUUAUGUAAGACAAUAUUUCCUCUUUACAUAAAAUACUUGGUAAUGGUCUGUAUUUUGCCAUAAAAGUAUUGCAUUUACUAGACAGCAAUGGCAUCUUCGGAUCCGAUAAUUCCAACAACUUUUGUGCUCAACAAUGGUAUAAUGAUGCCAUCCAUUGGUUUGGGAACAUAUCGUAUACGACAGAGUGACAUUGUCAUGCAGGUAGUUGACUACGCUUUAGAAGCAGGUUACCGGAUGUUUGAUACGGCAGCCGUUUAUGGGAAUGAAAUUCACUUGGGGGAGGCAUUUAAGACUUUGUUGCCCAAAUAUGAUCUUGAGAGAGAGGAUAUUUUUGUAACUACAAAGUUAUCACCGUCUGAUCAUGGCUCACGUGCUGAACAAGCUUAUCAAAAAUCUCUUGAGAAUCUCGAUUUGGAAUAUGUAGACCUUUACUUAAUUCAUUUCCCUGGGGGUGCUAAGCUCCCUGCUGAGGACAAACGCAAUACGAAGAUGCGAGAACUGUCGUGGUGUAAGCUCACAGAGUUGUAUGAUGAUGGUAAAGUCAAUGCCGUGGGGGUAUCCAACUUUACGGUGGCACAUCUUGAAGGGCUAAUGGAGAGCAACCAUGGACUUGUUCCGGCAGUUAACCAGGUUGAAUGGCAUCCCUAUUAUACUCAGAGCAGUCUUUACAAGUUUUGCAAGCAGCACCACAUUACUCUUCAAGCGUACUGUUCCUUUGGAGGGACAUCAUGUUCAAAUAAUUCUCUGUUGAACGAUCCGGUGGUUGUGAGCACUGCUCUUAAGCUUGAGGUCACACCUGCUCAAGUUUUACUUGUGUGGGCCUUGCAGCAAGACGUCGCUGUCAUACCGAAAGCCGUUCAUCCAGAACAUAUUAAAGAAAAUAGAUCACUCAAUUUCAAGAUUCCAGAAGAAGAUAUGAAGGCACUAAAUCAACUCAGCGAGAAAAAUGUCAAGUACGCUUGGGAUCCUAGCAUUGUUGCUUAAUUUCUCAUUCAUAUAUCAUAUAUUAAUCAAACUUUUCUAUAUUAAAUGUCAAAAUAAUAAUAAUAUCUAAUGAUAAUAAUAAUAAUCGUAAAGUGUAGCUGUUAUCCCUUAAAACCGGAACGCGUGAUUCUUCGCGACAGAAAUAGACAAAAAUUUGGUAACUACCCGCAAGCUCACGUUUAAAACACGCCCUACCAUCGAAAACCGGAACGUGUGCUUUUUCGGAGCAGAAAUGUAUCCGUAAUUUCACACUUAUAACACACCUUAUUCUAAGCAAGUUUUAUUGUUGGUUUUGUUUUCGCGUUGUUGAACAGCACGGCGCGAACCUUGUGAGGAGCUGAUUGAGCGAUAUCACUUUUGAUGGCUCGUCACGGUAGCUUGCCGCUAAGGUCGCUUUUUCUGAUAAAUGAGCUAGGUUUCGCUGGUAGUAAUUAAGAGUAGUUCGAAGCUGAGUAAUUUCCAGAGCUGCGAUCUGCUUGUGGUUAGAUUGUUGAAUCUGAAUGUUUGUUUAGGUUAUACAUUCAGUCAAAAAAGUAUCGGGAAUGGAUGAUUUGUUUACUGUUCCAAAUAAUAAUAAAAAUGGUUUUUGUUGUUGUUAGAUUGGCACAACCGUUUUCCAGUUUGGCCGGAGUAUUAGUGCUGUUUUUAGUCAUCGCAAAAGUGAAGUAAAUAAUGACUGAAAAUCCUCAUUCAAGUUUGAGAGAAAUAGCCACCGGACUUUGUGUCUCACGAGUAUUUUAAAUAAUUUAUAAUCACUUGAGUGUUAAACAUGUUCGCAUAUCCGCUCGACUAUUCCCAAAAGGCCUAAAUUUUCUUCAAAAACUCAGUCGCAUGAGUCGUUGAGGACAUGGUAGAACGAACCAAUUCCGACCCAAAAUUUAUGAAACGCCUAUUUAUAGGUGAGGAGAUAUGGGUUAUGAGAUUGACAUAAACACUAGUGUACAAGCUUCAGAGUGACGCCUUACAACUAAACCGAAACCGAAAAAAUGAUAUCAAAGUCGAACAAAAGUCAAUCAGUUGACUGUUUAUUUGACUAUCACGGUGUUUGUUAUACACUCGGAAUUCUUGCGGAAUUUAGUAAAUUCGAAGAAAAAGACCAGACUUUUGAAAAUUCUUGGAUUUGGCACCACCUUAAUGCGCAUUUGCACAGUCAUUGUGAAUGAAAUUUUUGCCAAAAAAUCGACAAAUGCCAUCGGGCAAUCGCCUUGCUCACUACAUUUUUUUUUAAAUUUAUUGCAUAUAUGGAUUGACGAGCUCACAGCCCACCAGAUUUUAAGUUGUCAUCGAAGCCCACAGACAUCUACAACGUAAAUGCCGCCACCCACCUUGAAAGAUAAGUUAUAAAGUCUCAGUAUAGUUACAACGGCUGCCCCACCCUUCAAACCAAAACGCAUAACUGCUUCAUGGCAGAAAUAGGCCAGGUUGUGAUACCUACCCGUGCGGACUCCCAAUACGUCCUACCACCAGUAAGUACCAAACAUGGCCGCAGCCGGCUUCUUUCUUUUUCCUAAACUCAAAUUACCACUUCGUAGUGUCCGUUUUUAUUCGGUAGAAGACUAAGGAGAAUUCGCGGCGAGAACUGAACGGUAUUCCAGAAAAAGCGUUUAAAAAGUAUUGUGAUGAAAUCUAUUAGUUGGCGUUUAGUAAGUUUAUCGUCUCCGAUCUGAAGAAGCAUACUUUUUGCGUAUUUACAAUCUAGAUAUUUUAUCGGCACUUUCUUGAGAGAGUAGUACAUCAAUCUUGGGAUUGGGACAAUUUUCUCGAGACUAUUAAAGCAAGCUUAUAACACUAUUGACCUAUUGAUAAAUAACGUAGUAGUAUUUCUGUGCACACAGGAAAAAUCUUAUAUAAUAUUAUCUUGCCAACGUAUGUAGUGACUACAUUAAUAUAUACUCUACUCUGGAUGUUUCCUAACUGAAGAUAAAUUCAUAAAAAUGAAUCUCUACGGCAUAUUGCAAUAUAUUAUCUAUCAAUAAUAAUCUUCAUUAAGUAGUCUAAACCGAAUUUAUAAUUAUUUUAAAAUGUACUGUGAUUUCUUUUAUAUUUUAAACUAUUUUAUUUCUGAAAUGUUUUAUUUUAAUAUACUUUUAUUUAUAAUCUAUUAAAGAAAAAAAUUUAAAGGGUCUUAUUUUAAUAAACAUGAAUUUACUUAAUAAAAUUAUAAAGAAUUUAGUAGGUAUAGCCGUUUUGAAUAAUGUAUUUUAAAUGCUUAAAGUCUACAAUGUGAUUUUUAUUAUAUAAAAUAAGUAGAAUUACCAUAUCGUCGUUGUCGUUUCAUAAUUAUGCAAAAUAAUGUUUGGCCAGAAAGUUUGUGUUGAUUUUUGUUGAUCUUGUGGUAAGGACUGAAAAAAGUAAUCGUGUUUAUACUAUUUCAAGCUUAUUUGAAACCAGUAAUGAAUAUCCUAAUAUAUGGGAUUGGUUUUUAUGGGAAAUAAGUGUAUUAAAUUUGGUUUCAAAAAUGAUUGAAAGAAUGUCUGGUUAGAUUCCUGUAACAGCUUAACAACGGGUGAGCCAUAUAAAAUCGAAAUAAAUCUGCACAAACUUCUAAACAUUUUUUUCUUCCAAAAUAUUGAAUCAAAUAUGUACCUUACUAAUUUAUUAGAAAUAUAAAAUAUGUCGUGUA